UAUUUGACAUAUGUAUAUUUGCUGCGCAGCACACGAACCCAAAAUUGAUGAAAUGAAAUGAAUUUGAGCCAGCACUUUGGCAGAAGGGUGAUCGCCGUGAGACACCUGUGCCCCCAAAUGGGUGCACUUCUUCACAGGUUCGUGGAAUGCGGGCGGGAGCAGCUGGAUUCGGGGCACUCCUCGGGCACGAUGGCAGAUGUGGCGAAGAAAAUCAGAGAGCACGUCGGCGUGGAAGGGGGCUACCAUGUCAUCCCCAGGAGCAGGGAAGGGCUGCUCAAGUUUCAGCCGAAGCUAGACGAACUGCCCAAUCGCUCCCUGGUGGACUCACAUACAACCGCCAAGGUGCUCUUGGAGACAGACGCUCUGAUGAGGCAAAGAUUCGUUUACGGGAGGGGCAUGUUGCGCAUGGGCAGGAUAAUGGAGGAACUCGACCUUCUUGCCGUGUGGAUCUGCCAUCUUCACAUCCAUCUGCCCAAUCUUCCGGAGGGUGUGCCACUGCCAUACACUUUUGUCACCCUGCUGGUGGACCACGCCCACUUCUUGCAGGAUAUGUUUAUAGCGGAUGCAGACGUGUCCCUUUCGGGUCAUGUUUCAUGGACGGAUAAUAGCUCCAUAGAGGUCACGGCAUAUGCGCGACAAAAAGGAAUUUUGUUGGCAAAGAGCAUUUUUGUGGUGGAGGCUCGCAAUGCCAUCAAUAAUGGCCCGGCUCCCGUGAAUCCUCUGGUGCCGGCUAAUGAGCUGGAGGAAAGUAUCUACCAAGAAGCGCAGAAACGCAGAGCCGAUGCGUCGACUCGUCUUGAGUCGCAGCAGCCCACCAAGGAGGAAAAGGAGCUCAUGUACGAGCUGUUUACCCGAACCAAGGGCGCUGACGGACCUUCACCGAGUGAUAUGAGUACUCUUCCACCGAAUUGCCGCUGGAUGACCAAGUGGAGCCGCAGAACCCUGAUGCAUCCGUUCCCGGAGAACCGAAACGAAUCGAACACCAUCUUCGGAGGGUUCAUCAUCCGUAGGGCCAUCGAGAUUAGCUACAUGACGGCGUCCCUCUACUCCAACCAGCGAUGCAUGAUCCGGUUCAUUGCGGACGUUACGUUCACCCAUUCCGUUCCCGUCCACAGCUACAUGAAACUAAAGGCUUACGUGGUUUUCACCCACGAAAACUACAUUCAGCUUUUGACGGUGGUGAAUGCGGUCGAUGGCAAUAGCUUUACGGAGCUUAAAUGCAAUGUCCUGCACCUCACCUACUCCUGCAGCGAUGUGGUUCCGGAGGUCCUGCCCAGAAGCUAUCACGAGGCGCUGUGGUACCUAACUGGCCGUCGCUACUUCCAACGCUUCCGUGAAUCAGUAAGCCACGAUAUGGUCAAUGAGUAGCCCCCAGAAGUCAAUGGAGCGGAAAAAGAUAUUUAGUAAUUGUAUUGUUGGAUUUAAUAAAACAUGGGCUGUAUAUUUGCAUUUGAGGCUCAUUGUAGGUAAA